GUUCGAUAAGUAAACCCGGUUUAAAAUUAAACCAAAAUCCAAAUCUCAGCCAUGGCGAUUGCUUCAACCUCCACUCUUAUCUUCUCCUGCGCCAAACCCGAUCUCCGCCCAAUCCCCUCCCAUUUUCGUUCUUCUUCUCCUCCUCUUACAAGUCAGUUCCGUAUCCCUAGCCUAACCCAUGACCCGCUUUCUCUGUCGGGUCUUAUCGGAACCGGUUUGGUGGCUGCAACGUUCUUGGCGGGAGGACCAGAUAGUACUGCUUUGGCGGCGGUUGAUUCUCUUCAGCUAAGCGAACCGGCGAAUGCGUUGUCUUUACCCACUUGGGCUGUUCAUGUUUCCAGCGUUGUCGAAUGGAUUACGGCGAUGGCGUUGGUAUGGAAAUAUGGAGAAAGAAAGGGUUACGAGUCAUGGAAAGGUCUCUCAUGGGGAAUGGUGCCUUUGCUUGGUGGAGCUCUUUGCGCAUGCACAUGGCAUUUCUUUUACAAUGCUGAAUCUCUUGAGGUGUUGGUCGCGCUUCAGGGAGCACUAACUGUGAUUGGUAAUAUUACUUUGUGCAUCGCUGCUUUUCGAAUCAACAAGUCUGCAUCCAAAAUGGAAACCUCUGAAGAGCCGUGAGGAAUGAUCUUUGUGUUUAAAAUAAAGGUCAGAGGAAUGAUCUGUUUGACUAUUGCAGGAAUCUGAGCGUAGCCUUUCUGGAGAGUCGUGAUGGUGUUAGAGAAGCAACUUGAUCUUUGGAUGUGGUAUUAGCGGAAAGAUCUUUUUGCUUUAUAUCUCUAGUGAUUGCACUAAACAUGUUUCUUGAGCGUGUGUGUAUAUAUACUUUUAUAUUGUAUUGUAUUAUCCUGGUGAGUGUGCCAGUGCCCCAUGUUCAUAACCUAUUAUGUAAACAUUCUUCUUCUGCAAUCGAUGUAGUCCUGACUUCAUUA